AUGGUGAAUGACAGACGAAAUUCAUCGCGGAUCAGGGUUCAGCGUAUGUCGGUGGGGUAUAAAGUCUGCUUCACAAAGCGUCGUAACCUCAGAGCAAUCCCUCACUUCUCUGCCCUAUCCUUCCUCGCGCUCUUUGCGGUUCUCGCGGCCGCAUCGCCCGUCCCUCAACAGCCAGACGUUCCAGAGGUCCCCAGUGCGCCCGGUGCUGACGACGUCGCAACGACCGCAGGCAAGACUUCCGGAGGAGCCGCUGCUAAGAUCCUUCCCGAGAGCGUUGUUGCUAAUGGGAUUGAAGGUGCUGAUGGAACGCCUGGUGCAGGGCAAGAUAAUGUUUCCGACACCCUUGCUGGGUCUGUUGGUGCCGCUGUAAAGAAGGCGGCCCCGGCCUAUGCUGAUGGUGCUGUCACCGGAGCUGGAGGAACCCCCGGAACUGCAGCUGACGGCGCUGCAGGAACCCCCCCGAACUGAUUGAAAGGGGUGGAAUAUCUUUACGACGCGGUUUUGCUUUUUUACAGUUGAUUUUCUUUUUACAAAGACUGGGUUAUUCUUGAAUGUGUACUGUAAUCGUGUAUCUUGUUUGAAUAAUUUUCUUGAUCGAGCUC